AAUUGCAAAAUCGACUUUCAACUCCUCCCGCCAAAACUUAAAGAACGGUUAAGUAACCGUUUUUUUUAACCUUCAAAAACAAAACUUAGAAAUCUCUCUUCAUGGAUCUUCGAUUGGAAAAUCAUUCAGUAGAGAUCUCACAAUGCCACGAACUUACCUUUUCGUAGUUCUGCUACUACAAGUGGCUCACUCAAUUUCAAAUUGGCCACAGUUUAGAAGAUCUCCAUGGGAGUCGCACUCUUUCACUGCUGAAGAACCUAUCGGAAAAACUUAUUAUAGACUCUCAAGACCACUUAUUGGAGAUGAUGGAAGGAUCUACACAUGUUCAGGACAAAACCUUAUGGCAUUUGAAAGCAACGGGUCUAUUGGUUGGACUAUCACUUUAAAUUACACUUGCAACACUGAGAUGGUGCCUGUUCAGGAUGACAGAGGGAGGAUAUAUUUGAUUGCAGAAAACAGAGUACUGAGAAUCAAGCCUUCAGAUACUGGAAAUUUUGCUGCAGAAAAUUUCUUUUCCUUGGAGUCGACUACAGAAGGAUCAAGUGAAAUUAUAGGUCUUGCAAUAAGCAUGAUUAGUUCAUCCAUUUUUAUCACUGUUAAAAACCGAGGGCUUUUUGCAUUUAAGUUGCAUGGAAAACUGCUCUGGAGUGCUGGACCUAUUCUUUAUCGAUCUGGCUACCGUCAAGGUUGUAAGAAAAAUAUCACAGAUUGUUAUUUUACUUCCGCACCCGUCAUUGAUCAAUGUGAAGCAAGUCUAUAUAUCACAAACACUGAAGGACAGCUCUAUUCCUUGUCUCUUCGGAGUCCUCACUUCAAAUGGAUCCAGGAUUUCAGUGAUUUCGACAAGCUCCUUACAAUUACCCCAGGAAACAAUGGCCGUGUGUAUGUCACAAUCCCAGUGAGGGCUGUUGUGUUGGCACUUGAUGUUUCGACUGGAAAUAUCCUGUGGCAAAAGAGUAUUGGUCCAUUAAGUAAUGUAGAAUGCUCACCAGUUGUUGAUGCCAAUGGUUGGAUUUCUAUUGGUUCUGUGGAUGGUUUCUUGUACUCAUUUUCACCAACCGGGGAUCUCAAGAAAUUUCCUAGAUUAACCGCACUUGACUCAGUGGUUCAAGUUAGUCCGCUUCUUGAUUGUUCAGGAUUUGCAAUUUAUAUCUCCCAGACAAGGAUGGAGGGAAAGAUAAGUAGGACAACUGGUGAAUAUACCUAUGUCUCCGCCAUGAAACCUAUCAAUGUAGUCUUUACUCUGUUGGUUCCAGCUACCGGAGCCAUCUAUUGGACUGAAAAGAAUCUUGAUAAACUCUCAUCUUUAGUAUUGGAAAGUGAUCUACACCAUUUUGCACUGGAUGAGAGGCUGCUUCUGGCUUUUAUAACUUCAGCAAAGAUGGGCAAUCCACUGCCAUGUCGUACUAAGCGUCAGAUACUUUCUUUAAGCUGCUCCCAAGCAAGACCUAAGCAACACAAGAUCUACACAGGCAAUGAAAGGGAAAUUCUACUUUUCCUGCUAUUCCAAACUGCAGUCUUAAUAGUACUAGCUGGAUUUGUCCGGUUUUGUUGGAUAUUUUGGAGUAAAAAGAAGCUUCAAGACCAAAACCUUGGGAAAUUCCUUGAAAAGAGACGCUCUCUUCGAGUUAGAAAGAAAGCUUUUGAUCGGACAAUCACAGAGCUUGAACAGAAGACAGCAGAGGAAGCAGUGGGUAAUGAAGUAUUCGAAAAACUUGGAGAUUUGGUAAGAGAAAGGGAAGGCAUAGAAAGGAAGCUUGCAACUUCCUAUAGUUUGGGUACGGAUUCAGCUGGGACACAGCCACGAUCUCUCCUCCCACUGUACGAAGGGAGAAGCAAGAGCUACUCUUUUCAGGGAACUAAAAAAGAGAGUGUUACUAUCUUCCACAAUCUGAGUGAUACUUCUGCUACUGAGACAAGCAGCCACAGCAGCAGUAGUAGCAACAGUGAAAGCAGUGGGAGAGAGGCAAGCUGGCAUUACCAUGGAGAUCAGGGUUCAGCAUCAAACGCAAAGGCACCCUUAGAAAUUGAGUCAUGGGAGAGUCCAUCAGGGCGGGCAUCAGAUUCGCAAGGAUUCACAAAUCCACUAUUUGUUGAGCACACUUUGGGUGAGUUGAAGGAAGCAGAUAACCAUGAUGAGGCAGGGGUUAUUGAGCCCAUACACCGGGAAAGCAGUAGUCGUGUAUGGUUGAAGAGGAGGACCCUGUCUUCGACUAACUAGAGAACAGUAGCUAACACUUUAUCGAGAGAUUGAAAUACAAGAAGUCAAUGCCCUUUGGCUUAGCGAAAUUAACCAACUAAACGAACUUUUCUAU